AUGAGGUCGAAUUUUGUUAGAUUCAUCGUCUGGGCUUCCUAUUUGCUCCUUUCUUUCAUUGCGAAAAUUGCGCUGGGCAAGCUUUCUGUGGUCCGCAUCGAUGAUCCUGAACAUCCGAGUUACGACGUGGUGUUGGAAGGGCUGCUUGCCCCAUUGCUUCUGAUGCAACUUGGGUACACAGACCGCAUAACGGCCUAUUCGGUGGAAGAUAACCAGCUGGGAAUGAGACAGAUUCUGAACAUCGGGGCUACAGUUGUCUUCGUGGUUCGUAUUCUCAUUCGCUGUUGGGACGGCUCGUCCCCAGUCUCAUGGCUGUACAUCCUCUUGUUCGUUGCCGUAUUCAUAAAGGCGGCAUUGUGGAUCUGGGCUCUCAAAUCCGUGUACGACGAGAACUCAAUUGUGAACGCCGAGUACUAUCCCAAAGUAACCAAGGAAGCCAGGGAAAGCAGUCCUCAGCUCGAACUGUUCCCCGAGGACAAGAAGUUUGACUCCGCAAAGGACAUCUUGAAGGCCUACUUUCGGUUCGAUUGUCUGAAGCCCCACCUCGUGAACUGGCCGUACCACCACGUGUUCGUAUCCCGAGAUUGGAUGUCCAUCGACAGGUACCCUGCCAACCGCGCUUUCACCGUGAACGAGAUUGAGCUGAACUUCAUGUUCGACACGCUCUACACUAAAGCGCCCAUUCUGUACACGAAAUGCGGCAUCAUAGGCUGCUCUAUCGGUUUCUUCUGCUUGGUGUCUGCCUUGUGUAGAUUCGCCGUGAUCUUCAAGAGCGCCUUCUUGAUCGAUAUGUACAUCGCCUACACCUAUGCGUUACUGAUGGCAGUCACAUGUCUCGAACUUUAUCAGAUCACAACGUUGGCAUUUUCGGAUUGGGCAGUGGUGGAGAUGGGUAAGAACCUUGGGAUGCCGCUCUUCUCAAGGCUCUUCUUAAGGCUCAUCCCGUUUCUGGCUAAUCAGUGCAUGAGGAAGAAAAGAUGGUCGAGGUCGAUAGGGCAGAUCGAUUUGUUAAAACACUGCCUCUCAUACCAAGAAAGGCGAAAUCCAGUCCGCGUGGUACUUAAUUGGUUUGGUAAGUGGAUGGCCGUCCGCGCAGUACUUGAUUGGUUUGGCAAGCGGGAGAUCUUCAGUUGGUAUUGGUUACAGUCCCGCCAGCCCAUGCCCUUGCACCUCAGGGCGUUGGUACUACGAAAGAUGGAGGAGCUAGAGCAGAAAAGAAACUUCCGGCGCUUCAAGCAAAGAGGCAAGUGGACGCUCGAGAUUCACGGCAUCCAAGAGAAACAAGGACUGAGGAGUAGCAUCGAGGCAAUAUUUGCUAAGAGCAUCAUAAUCUGGCACAUUGCAACAAAAAUCCUGCGGUCAUUGGAAAUCGAAAAAUCCAAUGCUUGUGAAGGAAGUAAAUUCCUAUCAGAGUACAUGAUGUACCUCCUCGCUGUGCAUCCUCACAUGCUGUCCCUCCCCACCGCCGACAUGACUCUGGAGGACGCUUGUUGCAUGCUGAAGCCUUUCUUGAGGUACCGAGACUAUAAAGAAGCAAUUAGCGCACUGUCGUCGCCGGAUGGUGAUGUCCCAGUCCCUGUCAUACCAAGUAAGGAAACGUGGGACGUGUUGUCGGAGGUGCAGAAGCUUGUGGCCGACCUGAGGACGAUGGACAACAAGUGGGAGCUCAUCAGCAGCAUUUGGGUGGAGAUGUUGUGUCAUGCAGCAAACAAUUGUCAUGUGUAUCGCCAUGCCAAGCAACUGAGAAGAGGAGGUGCGGUCAUCACUCAUGUGUGGCUCCUCUUGGCCCACCAGACCGACAAGUUCCCUUUUGAAAAUCCUGACCGCUGCCUCGAUAUCCCUGAAAUAUCCCUCCUAGGAAAAAGGUUCUUCUAG